AUGGAACUGCUGAUGCUUUUCCUUCUUUCAACGGCCCUGGUGCCUGUCUCCAGUUCCCCAGCACGCCGUGCAGACAGGAGCGAACCCUUCCACUUGGCAAUAUCAACCACCGUCGCGGGCGGGUCACCAGCUGGUCAUGGACCAUCGACGCCGACAGUGGCGCCGGCGAUAGAGCUGAGAGCCGACAACGGCGCGGCGGCGGAACCGGUUCUUGGCCGCCGCGAAGCCCUCAACAUUGGUGACCCUAAUGCGUCGCCAGCGGACACAGUUAUUCUCCACCCGUGGCCCGGCCAAGCAUGCACGACGACGCUGUCCGAGACGUUCGGAUAUCCGUGCUCCUGGGACGGAACGACGACCAUGUACCCUUCCACAACGAUUUUGUUCCAACAAAUAAACUGCAACGGGUGCAGCAGCGUAUAUGUUUCUAAGGACUACUAUUAUUGCCCCAACCAGAGCAUCAACGCGACAUUGAGGGCGGGGAUCCCGAGCACGUCCUGGAGCACCAUAUGCCAACAAUCGACCGGGGUCGCGAAGCGCACCGAGGUGGACGCGCCCGCCGCCACGACCCCGACCGCCGAAUCCGGACCCAAGGCCGUGCGGAGCCCGGAGGACGGCGUCCACCCCGCGGCAUGUCCAACCACGCUGGUCGUGCAACCGGUGCGCUCGGCUGGCAAGACGGCAACGACCUACGCGAGCUUCACGACGACGACGUCCACUGUCAACUGCGGUGGCUGCCCCCUGGUGAGGGUGGGCCGGGUGGAAGAAAGGGCGGUCGAAAUCCUUUUCCUGUAG